AUGGAGGUCGCCGUGAUCGUCCUGGGACGCCUCCCGCCAACAGCCAUGACAAAGCCAACGCCGUCCAAGAAGAGGGCGCUCAAGCAGACGCACGAUGUCGACGUUCAUGAGAGGUUCGCACUGCGCGUUGCGCUUGGCGACUCGGUACUGCAGCUCAAGGAAGCGAUUGCGAUCGAACUCGCCAAGGCGCUCCAGGUCGACGUGGGCUUUCCGCCCGACGUCCAGAUGCUGACGGCGGCGGGGCGCAUGCUCUCGGACGGCGACUCGAUAGGUGCUGCGCUGCUGGAUGCGCGUGUCGUCGUCUGCGCGCUUGACUUUCCGACGCCGCCGCCGAUCGCUCGCGCCACCAGCCCCAUGGCGCUCAACGACCGUGGCAUCGCACAGCUCGUGGCGAUGGGUUUUCCAGUGGCAAAGGCCAAGCACGCGCUACGUCUUAGCCACAACAGCGUCGAGACUGCGAUCGCGUACUUGACCGAGCACAUAUUGCCGCCGACCCUUGAGGACGACACGGCCACGCGGCUCGCCUCGGUGGCCAUGCACCAGCCGUACUUGCUUCAGCAAGCGAUCCAGGGCUGCUCGCUCGACGCCCUCGCGACGCUAUCGCUCGACAUGAUGCAGGACGCCAUCGACAAGACGCUGGCCGUUGGCAACAACGACGCGGUCGUUCUCACCGACGAGUCGGACGUCGAAGAGUCCAAGGACGCUAGUACAGACGACGGCGAAGCUGUUGCCAUCCGAACCACGAGCUUCGAUUCCAGCGACGCAAAGGAGGCAGUCCUCUUGCGGCUGCAAUCGCUCGGGUUCGGCCGCGACGACGCCCUCGCCGCUUACAUGGCCUGCGAUGAGAACGAGAGCGCCGCCGCCAACUGCCUCCUCGACUCGUUUGCCUAAUUCGUGUCCAAUGCAUCGAUCUCUUCUUCGAGGCCCUCAUACUUCAU